AUGGAAAAUUACUCUCUCUCUCUCUCCCUGAAUCUUCAACUUUCAUCUUCAUCACUCUUCAACCAUGAGAAGAAUCACAAAAACUCAGAAAAUUCCUCUCUAAAUCUUCAUCAUUUUUCAAUUUCCGUAGAAGAAUCACAACCAAGAAACUCCAGAAAAAUCUCUCUCAACUCUCUCUGUAUUCAUGCUCCAUUUUUUUCCAUCGCAUCUUCAACCUUCCUCAGUCGUCGUCAACCUCUAAACCAAUCUUCAAUAAUCUUCUGCGCAUCAAUCUGCUACACAUCUUCAUCCUCGAGCGUUUCUCAAUAA